GUCACAAAUUUGCCUUGACGCGGCGGGAGAAGGUCGCCGCCGUCUUCUUCACCCACCCGUCAAGAGCCGGCAAGGAGAAGAAGGCUCGGCCAUGCCAUCUCAAGAUCAAGUCGAUGCAGCAGCCCUUCAGCUAGCCAUCUCGGCGAGGGAGCUCCUCGGUUUGCCAGUCGAGGCCCACGAGGAUGGCGGCUUCUCGUCAUCGGCGCCGACCUUGCCAUAUCACCCACCAGAGGUCCCUGCCUCAUCCAUCACACCGCUUUCCUUCGCACAGAAGCUAGCAUGCCCGAGCCCGCUUCUCAUCCGAGGCGCCCUGCAGGAUCGCAAAGCUCUUCAGCAAUGGAAGGAGCCUGGCUACCUCGUGGCAAAGAUGGGCAACAAGAAGGUCAAGGUGUCGGUUACGCCUGACGGGCGGGCCGAUGAUUUGAAGCCGCUGGCUGGGCCAGGUGGCCAGGAGAAGACAGUAUUUGCUCUGCCUGCUGAGGCUGAGAUGACCUUUGCCGAGCUCAUGAGCAAGGUCACAACCCAAUCCUCACAGCCAUCGUCAUCACACGACCCCUCGCCCGUCUACUAUCUCCAAUCUCAAGACUCCAAUCUGACAGACUCAUCGACAGGAGCUGGCGACCUCAGCCCCUUGCUGCAAGACCUGCUCGACUCGGAGGGCCGCAGCGAUAUCUCUUGGGCGAGUGAGGCAAUCGGGUCAAAACCGGAAGCGGUCAACGUUUGGCUGGGAGGAUCGAAAAGUCAGAGUAGCAUGCAUCGCGACCAUUACGAGAACCUCUUCUUCACCGUACGGGGCCGUAAGACGUUCACCGUCUUCCCACCUUUCGAGGCUCACUUCCUUUGCGAGGAUCCAAGGCGCCCCUUUGACGUACAUCGGCACUCUGCUGACCUGCCGCACAACCUCAGCGCUACACCGGAAGAAGGUACUCCGGCCACGCCAUGGAUCCCCAUCGACCCAACAUUACCGCCUGAUGCGGCGAGGAACAGGCCCAACAGGCGAUAUGCCAAGGGAUUGAAGCCGCUGAGCAUCGAGGUCUCUGAAGGGGAGAUGUUGUUCUUACCUGCGGGCUGGUAUCACCACGUGUCGCAGCAGGCUGAUGAUCGCACCGAACGAGUCUGCAUAGCCGUCAAUUGGUGGUACGAGAGCCAAGCUGCCUUUGGCCCACAGUGGGCUAUGCUAGACUUCAUCAAGGCGAUGGGCGACGGCGUGCACGACGACGACGACGACGACGAUGGGGAGUCAAGAUGAGUCAGGUAGCGUGCAGUGAAGUCAAAAUCGUGAUAUUACCGUGUGCGCGG